UGCCGCAGCUUUAAUUCAAACUUGAAAUCUCUCUCUCUCUCUCUCUCUCUCUCUCUCUCUCUCUCGGUUCCAUAUUUCCAUUUUCUCUUUCCAGGUUUAUAGCUUUACUGGGAGAGGUUUGUUUGCUGUCCGUGAUCCUGAAAGUUACAUACCGCCAUAACCCCUCGUCUGCCUUAAACAUUUCACAUUCUUCCCCGGUCGCCCAGAUUUUCUUCCGGUAUUGUCUUAUUUUUUCAAAGUGGGUUUCUCAUGGAGUUCGCCCAGCUGCUACUCGAAUUCCCCAAGAGAACAAGCUGACCGAAAGCAAUGUUUUGUUUGAUAAGAUCAAGGUGAUUAACUUUCACAUUGAGGUGACAACCCAAGAGGCCAGAAUUGCCGCAAUCAAGCAUACUACUGAUAAAGAACACAGUUUUGCAACACUAUUAAUGCUUGAAUAUUUUUAUUUGCCCUACUAUUCUACCCAAACAUGAAUGAGGAAGAGUUACCGGCAUACAGAAUUUUUAAUCAGAAAAGAAAGAUUGUUCCCCUCCUGAGAUGCCAGAAAAUAGCUACUAUUAGGUGUGUUUGCGACCCCCUUAUAUGUUGAAUUAAAAUGGGUUGACGUUAGCAUUUUUCCCCUUCUGUUGAGAUCUUAAUUGCAGAUCACAAGCUUGAAGUUACGAGUAAUUUUCUCCUGUCUUGAAUCAAUAGUAUUGAAAUGCCAAGAUCAAGGGGAACAGAAAUGCCCCAAAGGCAGUCUCCUCGAGGUGCACAUCCACAUAGGACAUCUGGUUCUGAUUCAGAUCCACAGCAUCAUCGGCCAAUUACUGAACGGAGUCCCAAGCUAGGAGAUCGUAGGUCUCCAAGAGGUGCUCAAUCUGCUUCACUAAGCCAGAAGAAACUUGGCACCCGCAUUUCAGACUUAGAAUCUCAACUUGGGCAAGCACAAGAAGAGCUAAAGAUUCUGAAAGAGCAAUUAACUUCAGCAGAGGCUGCAAAGAAAGAAGCUCAAGAACAAUUGGAGAAGAAAACAAAGAAGCCAGUUGUUCUAGAACCAGUGGAGAUCCGAGGAAAGGAUCCUCCUGUGGAAAUUCAAGAAUAUAACAGAAAAGACAGUACUCCUCGAGAUGAGGUUCUAGAUGAUAAACAGCAGGAAGCUGAUGUUUUUGAAGUUUUGGUGGAAAAUGUAACAGCGGAGCCCAAGGAUGAUCAAAGCCAGCCGACUGAUCAAGUUGAGAAAGAAACCAAACAAGUUGUCACAUGUACUGAAGCACCAGCAACUCCAGAGCCGGAGAAACCAUCCUUCCAUGACUUGGCUCUGAAGAAGGACGAGAUAGAUAUGCUGAAAGACAUGUUAGAAGAGCGAAAAAAGGAACUAGAGUUGUUCAGACAAGAAAACGAGAAAAUGAGAAACCAGUUGAGUGAAGCAGUAUUAGAGGUAUCAUCUUCUAAAACAAAGGAAGGGGAAACGUCCUUGAAGUUGAGUCAGCUGGGAGAAGAGUUGAAAACAAGCAAAGCAAAUGAAGCUCAGCUGAAUGAGAAGCUGAAAGCUGUGGAAGAAGCGAAGGAGACACUAGAGCUAGAGAUGAAGAAGAUGAGAGUACAGACAGAGCAGUGGAGAAAAGCAGCAGAUGCCGCAGCAGCAGUGCUUGCUGGGGGUGUGGAGAUGAACGGGAGAAUCUCUGGGAGAUGCGUCUCCAUGGAGAAGCAUUUUGGUGGUGUAUUUGAGACACCAGCUGGUGGAUACAAUAGCUUUGUUGGAUCACCAGGGAUGGAUGAUGAUUUGGAUGGUCUCGGAAGUGGAAAGCGAAAGGGUUCUGGAAUUAGAAAGUUUGGAGACUUGUGGAAAAAGAAGAGCCAGAAAUGAGACUCAAUAACUUAUAAGAACUUGAUUCACUGUCAUGAUGUGUGUACAAGGGGAGCAAAAUAGUUGCUUGCUGUUUUGCAGACCGUUUCCGCCAUAUUUAAGUAGUUCCCAACAGUUUCUCCAUCAUGUUCCUCGUAUGGUGCAUGUAUAUCAAACCUUUAAGGGAUGUAUGUUUGUAGUAUGGACUAGGUUUUUGGAACCCAUUUCUAAUAUGGUUCAUUUUGUAGCACAGCCCUGCUCACUGCAAGUCCUUUGUUCUAUGCUAAGCAUAUCUUGCUCUAUCA